GGCUGGUGUGAAGGACCUUCAAGCCAUACAGUCUGUACUGUACCGCAGAGGUGCUCUGUUGUGUAUCCUUUCGAUAGCUGAGAAAUCUAAGGAGAUAGGAGAAAAGGUUAGUAAAUAGGGAGCUUUUCUCUCUGUGUCCCACUUAAGGCUCCCAGGCAGUCCCAGGGAAUGUUCUGGAGAGAGCUGACGUGGUACGGAUGCCUGUGUUGGCUGGCCUUCAAUAAUUGAGAGUGCCUGUCAGGGAUAAGGCGUCCACCCACGGUGUGUAGCUCCUCUUCCCUGACAGAGCUCCUGGGGGAGGAAGAUGCAAGUGGAAGGAGCCUGGAUAGGAGCAGGGACACAGAUGGAAACGGACCCCAGGUGUCAAUUUCUGUGUGGAUUUGAAAGUCAGUGUUUUUACUGUUGUCAAUAUUAAUAAUGUCUUAGUCUGUCUUAUUUCCUGUGUGUUUUAAAUUCUUAAUGGAGAGCUGGCGUGGGCCGUAGAGAGGAUUGAGGCGGUCCUCAGGAAAUGAUGUCGCUGUACCGGAUCAUCCAUGGCUCUGAUCUGUGUUCCCGUGAGAAGAGCAGCGCGAGCGUUUGGAGAGUACCUGUCCCACACACACCCUGAGAACCGAAACGGAUCAGCUCAUCUCCUGUCUGACACAUUCGUGGGCCAAGACUCCCCUGGCGGUGUCCGUCACCACAAUAACAACCAUCCCCACCACCACCUGAGUUUUCCGGCCUCCCCAGACUCCAGCCUGGUGAAGCCUGCGUUGGGCCACCUUCAGCCCCCGCCCCCCUCCAUCAACCCCACCAAGGCCCGACUGUCUCUUGAGCGCAGCUUCUCGGCUGAAGAGGACCAGCAGAAGUGCGUGGAGUGCACCCUGCGGCCCGCCCGUGUCUACACCAUCACCGGAGACCACGGCAUGCUGGGUAGCAACCGGGGCAGCAAGGAGAGCCUGGAGCUAGAGGUUCUGAAGGGGGCGUCCACCCUUGUCCAGCCCUCCACCUCCCCCUCCUCCAACUCCUCUUCCUCCCCCACCCAUCACCACCUCACGCGCCACGGUCACCGCGGCGGCGCUCACCGUGACGACGGGAGCCAUCGGCACGGCAACCACCACAACCUCGCCGUCGCCGGCGGGGCCGCCGGCCAUCACGGCCACCACGGCAGCCACCACCACCUGUCCCAGCAGCCCUUGUCGAGCUCGGUCAGCGCCCACAACAUCCGCAGCUGGGGGGAGGGGGGGAAGGGAGGCUCGCGGGAGGACUGCAGCCUCAACGCGGCCUUGGACUCCAGCGGAGCCCCGUCCCGUAGCCAGGGCUCCCUGGACCUAGAGAGCUCCCGCGAGGCAGGCAAGCAACACAGGCGUCUGGAGAGGAUGUGGAGUGUGGACCGGAUGACUGGGCUGGAGAGAGAGGAUAACAACUGGUACCCAAAAGACAGCAUGUUCAGCUUUCAGACUGCUACGACCACCAUGCAGGCAAUAUCGACAUUCCGGGGAUUUGUGCAGAGAAAGAGGAGGGAGAGGGAGCUGGAUUCUGCUGAAGUCAUCCAGAGAAACUUCCGGAAGCAUCUGAGAAUGGUGGGCAGCAGGAGAAUGAAGGCACAGACGUUUGCUGAGCGUAGAGCGAAGAGUUUCAACCGGUCCUGGAGUGACCCCACCCCUGUCCAGAAUGAGUCUCCACAUGACCCUAGAGACAGUGGCGACAUGCAGACCUCGUGUGGGACACUGGAUGAGGGGGAGCGUGAGGAUCUCGACUGGGAGGAGGAGAGAGAGUUGGAGAGACUGGCAUGUGAAGGAGAUGACUUCAUUCCACCCAAAAUCAUGCUAAUCAGCUCCAAAGUCCCCAAGGCGGAAUACGUUCCCAACAUCAUCCGUAGAGAUGACCCCUCAAUUAUCCCUAUCCUCUAUGACCAUGAACAUGCUACAUUUGAUGAUAUCCUCGAGGAGAUUGAGAAAAAACUAACAGCCUACAGGAGAGGGAGCAAAAUCUGGAGGAUGCUCAUUUUCUGUCAGGGAGGUCCAGGACAUCUGUACCUGUUAAAGAAUAAAGUGGCAACAUUCGCCAAAGUGGAGAAAGAGGAGGACAUGAGCCAGUUCUGGAGGAGACUGAGUCGCUUUAUGAGCAAAGUGAACCCUGAACCCAACCUCAUCCAUAUCAUGGGCUGCUAUGUCCUGGGCAACCCCAAUGGAGAGAAGCUGUUCCAGAAGCUGAAGAACCUGAUGAGGCCUUAUUCCAUCGAAUUCGAGUCGCCACUGGAACUGUCUGCACAGGGAAAAGAGAUGAUUGAGAUGUACUUCGACUUUCGUCUCUUCCGUCUGUGGAAAACGCGCCAGCACUCCAAACUCCUGGACUACGAGGAUCUUUUGUGACAAGGCUCCAAGGCUUUGUGACAAGGCUCCCUGUAGCAUACAAGCAGUCUAUACUGGGCCAAGAGGACCCACUGACCACCACUGCUCAACUCAACCAUAAAACCCAUCUUAGCUACUUUCAUCCAGGAGAGAACUGGGAGUGGGCCCACAGGAGAGGACAGGAAGUGGGCCUACCGGAUAGGACAGGGAGUGGGUCUACAGGAGAGGACUGUGAAUUGGGAUACAGGAGAAGACUGGGAGUGGGGCUACAGGAGAGGAGGAGGAGAAUGUUGACUAGAGGCUCAGUGGGAAAGAAAAAAACAGGAGGUGGAGUUGGUGACAUAGCAGCUUUCAAAGCGCUGUGUCUCUCACCUAUUAUUUACUUAAACUUUCCUCUCACCUCCUACGAUACCGUAAAGGUCAGGGGUCAAUGAUAGAGAAUCUAAGCCAAACUGAUACAAGAACAAGUAAACCUGAAGAUGGAAAGAAACAGUGAGAUGUAUGAAGGGAGAGACUGACCGGGGGGAAGGGAACUUCUGUACCCUAUCUCUCUCCUUCGUCAAUGAGGAAUUAACAUUUAUUUUGUGUCUGAGGUGCUUAUAGCACUGACAUGCUUUGAAAGGCAAUUGUUUGUUACUGUAUUUGUUGAGUGUCUCUGAGAAUCUGGAUUGGAAAAGCAAUGAUGUCCAUACUGUAGUGUGUGUGUAUACAUCACAUGAAUAUAGUCUAUCUCUAGUCACGCAAAUACUCUAUAUAUGAGAAUAUAAUACAUCAUUUAUUUUUAUGUGUAUUCUUGUGGUGUUUCUUAUGAACUCUUUUAAAUAACUCAGGUUUUAGCCAUGAAAUAAUGUUUGUUUUUGUUUUUUUUAUCUCCUACUAUACCAGAUAUUGUAAUCAUAAUUGCCAUUGCUUGGGAGGAAUGUAUAUCUCAAAGACAUUAAUCUUCUAACUGUUCAACUGAUUCAGCUCUGAAUGUAUAGGAAUGAUGUGACCACAAAUAAUGCUGUGCAUUUGUGUGUUUGUGUGUAUGUGCGUGUGUGUGUGUGUGUGCUUGAGUAUAUGCAUUUUGUGUGUGUUUUUCCUCCAAUAUAGCCAAGCUGUCACUGGUACACAUUUUCAUUACAUGAGUUGUGAAAUCAUAUGUACACAUUUAUGUCAGAUUAGUGGUGACAUUACUCUCACACAUUUACAUGAGAUGAGUUGUGACAUCAUUGUCACACAUUUACAUCAGAUCACUGAUACACAUUUACAUCAGAUGAGUGGUGACAUCACUAUCACACAUUUACAUCAGAUCACUGGUACAUAUUUACAUCAGAUGAGUUGAGAUAUCACUGGUACACAUUUACAUCAGACGAGUUGUGACAUCACUAACAUAUUUACAUCAGAUGAGUUGUGAUAUCACUGGUACACAUUUACAUCAGAUCACUGGUACACAUUUACAUCAGAUGAGCUGUGAUAUCACUGGUACACAUUUAAUCAGAUGAGUUGUGAUAUUACUGGUACAAAUGUAAUCAAAUGAGUUGUGAUAUCACUGGUACACAUUUAAUCAGAUGAGUUGUGAUAUCACUGGUACACAUUUAAUCAAAUGAGUUGUGAUAUCACUGGUACACAUUUAAUCAGAUGAGUUGUGAUAUCACUGGUACACAUUUAAUCAGAUGAGUUGUGAUAUCACUGGUACAAAUGUAAUCAAAUGAGUUGUGAUAUCACUGGUACACAUUUAAUCAGAUGAGUUGUGAUAUCACUGGUACAAAUGUAAUCAAAUGAGUUGUGAUAUCACUGGUACACAUUUAAUCAGAUGAGUUGUGAUAUCACUGGUACACAUAUCAGAUUAAUAGACAGUCCUGUCUCCCACUUAGGAUGGCCUAGGAGGCCCAGAACUCAGAAAAUACACGUAAGGGCCCCGAUUCCAUCUUUCUAACUAGUUGGUCUUCAGACUUGCCUUAUGUAGGUGCGUAACAGGUUUUUCAGGCGUAGUUCCCUUGCGCACUUUGAAUAAAGGUCAUUCAACUACUGAAAACCCUCAAACUUGCUGGCCAACUGACUUUCUGGUGGAGUUUUCAGGCACAUUCUGAAGCACACAUCAAACAUAGAAUCUUAGCCUUUGCAAAAGCGGAAACAUUUUUACCAACAUAAUCUGUUACCUCUCGGCAUCUGUGAAAGUUAUGUCUGGGAAGGUUCAUAGGAGUCGCUCAGCAAAUCAAAGAAGGCAAAUACUCCUUUGUACAGAUCCCCUAUGGUAUGAAUCCUAUUUCUGUCCAUCGCACAAAGGUACUAUCAAAGUUAGAGGGCAAAAGGAGGGGUUGCUCGCUAUUAGAAGCAGGAAUGACAUUGGCCUAACAUAAAUACUAGACAAUUUAUUUCCAGAUAUGGACAAUGCUGAAAUAUUAUUAUAAAGGUAUUUCUGUGGGCUGUCAGGUUUUCAGGUUCUGGCCUGAAAUCAAACUCACAAAAGCUGAUGUUGAAGAUACUGAACUAGUCUAAAGAAGGACAGUUUUCUUGCUUCUUUUCUCACCACAAGUUUUCAGCAGUGCUAACAUAAUCGCAA